AUGCCUACACCUUCUACAAGCACAUCUACUGUCAAGAAGCCUGUUUCAAGACAACGAUCGAUUUCUGAAUUAGUCAGUCGAGUCCGCCAUACACUCAAGCCACCCAAGCAACAGCCAUUGCCAUUUUCUUAUAGUUUAUAUUCAUCUAAAUCAGAAGACUAUGAUAUCCUAAGAACCAUCGGUGCAGGUGCCACCGCUUCGGUCUAUUCUGCUAUUUACAAGCCGAAUCAAUCCGUGAUUGCCAUCAAAACUGUCAAUUUAGAAGAAAUUGGACUUGACGAUGCACGACUGGAAGCCUUAAGAAAAGAAAUUCAAAUCAUGACACUGUGUCGACAUCCUCAUCUGUUAGAUGUCUAUCAAAGUUUUGUUCAUGCCUCUCAAUUGUAUAUUAUUACACCUAUCAUGUCUGCUGGUUCAUGUCAUGAUUUACUUUCUCGAACUCAUAAAAUAGGAUUUGAGGAACCUAUUGUGGCCUGUAUUAUAAAACAAGUAGCUCAAGGACUUGACUAUCUACACGAUAAUGAACUUGUUCACCGAGACAUCAAGUCUGCUAACUUAUUGAUUGAUUUUGACACGGGUACUGUCAAAUUGGCUGAUUUUGGUGUCAGUAAUCAUUUAUUACCCAGCAAGCCUGAUUUAAGAGAGUCCGAUUCAAUCAUGCCUAAAAAGGCACGUCGAUCAUUUGUGGGUACACCGUGCUGGAUGGCUCCUGAAAUCUUAUUAAAUCAAGACUAUGAUACAAAAGUGGAUAUGUGGUCACUUGGUAUUACUACCCUUGAAUUAGCGUGUGGUAAACCUCCUUUUGCAGAAUAUGAUCCUAUCACUGUAAGUUGA